GGGAGGGAUUUACCACAGUCUGAGGAGAAUAGACAAACUUUCGGAGGACUUGUGACCCAGAUUCCACUCACAGCUAUGCAGUUUCAGGAUUGGUUGCGUUCCUUGCGUUUCACUGGAGGAGAUGGCACGUCUGAAAUGGACAAUCUGAAGACGCUCCUUCCGUCUCUGCCCUCGUCCUUCUCUCUGUCCUCUCUCUCCCUUUCUCCGUCCUCUAUCAUAGGCUUAGGAGCGCUAGCCUCUCUCACAACCUACUGGCUGGUGACCAGACCUCGACCAAUCCAGCCUCCAUGUGACCUACAGGCCCAGUCCAUAUCUGUGCAGGGAGAUCAGAGCUGUAGACGCUCCGCUUUACUGACGGAUGACAAUCUGCUGGAGUUUUACUAUGAGGACACAAAGACAGUGUACGACAUGUUCCAGAGAGGACUGUGGAUAGCAGGCAAUGGUCCUUGUCUUGGCUUCAGGAAACCCGGAGAGCCCUAUCAGUGGAUCUCUUACACUGAGGUCGCAGAAAGGGCACAGGUGUUGGGAUCAGGUUUGCUGGCGAAGGGUUGCAAACCAAACCCACAGCAGUUUGUGGGCAUCUUUGCCCAAAACAGACCAGAGUGGGUCAUUGUAGAGCUGGCCUGUUACACGUUCUCUAUGGCUCUGGUGCCUCUGUACGAUACACUUGGAUUAGAUGCUAUGGUUCACAUCCUUAACCUGGCGGAGAUCUCUAUGGUGAUCUGUGAUAAGGAGGAUAAGGCAGAAUCUCUGUUGAAGAAUAAGGAGAAGGGAGUGACUCCCACCCUCUCCUGUCUGGUGCUCUUUAACCCCUUCAGCGCCGCCCUGCUGGAGAGAGGAAGGAAGUGCGGUGUGGAGAUACUACAGCUCUCACAGAUUAUGGAUCUAGGAAGAGAACAUUUAAAGCCACCUGUGCCUCCUAAACCUCAGGAUCUGGCUGUGGUAUGUUUCACCAGUGGGACCACAGGAAAGCCUAAAGGAGCCAUGAUCACUCACGGCAACAUCGCCUCCAACACCUCCUCUGUCAUCAAGAUCCUUGAGGGCUACUUUGUGAUUCGUCAGGAGGAUGUGUCCAUCUCCUAUCUGCCACUCGCUCACAUGUUUGAGCGUAUGAUCCAGGUGUCGAUGUUUUGUCAUGGAGCAAGGGUUGGUUUUUACCAGGGUGACAUUUCUCUGCUGAUGGAUGACAUAAAGACCCUGAAGCCCACCUUCUUCCCCGUGGUCCCUCGAUUACUCAACCGCAUCUAUGAUAAAAUUCUGGGCUCGGUUACGUCUCCGCUGAGGAGAGCCCUUCUUCAUUACGCCGUGAGGAGGAAACAGGCCGAGCUGAGCAGUGGAGUCGUGAGGAACAACAGCAUGUGGGACCGACUGAUCUUCAAUAAGAUCCAGGCCAGUCUGGGUGGAAACCUGCGAUUCAUCCUCACUGCAUCCGCCCCGAUCUCUCCAACUGUCCUGUCCUUCCUCAGAGCCACCCUCGGCUGUCUGAUUUUCGAGGGUUAUGGACAGACGGAGUGCACUGCUGGAUGUACCUUUUCUAUGCCUGGUGACUGGAGUGCAGGUCAUGUCGGAGCUCCUUUACCCUGUGCUAUGGUGAAGUUAACUGACAUCCCUGACAUGAACUACUACGCCAAGAAUGGAGAAGGAGAGAUCUGUAUCCGGGGUCACAGCGUCUUCCGAGGGUAUCUGAAGGAUGAGGAGAGGACGGGAGAGGCGCUGGAUGCUGAUGGCUGGCUUCACACUGGAGACGUGGGACAGUGGCUGCCGAACGGGACUUUGCGCAUUGUGGACAGGAAGAAGCACAUCUUUAAGCUGUCCCAGGGCGAGUACAUCGCUCCUGAGAAGAUCGAGAACGUCUACACUCGCUGUGUUCCGGUUCUCCAGGUCUUUGUGCACGGAGAUAGUCUACAAUCUUAUCUGAUAGGAGUUGUAGUUCCAGACCCGGAGGUGUUUGUCGACUGGGCCAAAGAAAGAGGGAUCGUUGGAUCAUAUGAAGAGCUUUGUCAAAAUCCUGAUGUGAAGAAAGCCGUGCUGGAGGACAUGACGGCAGUGGGGAAGGAGGCAGGACUGAAGUCAUUUGAGCAGGUGAAGGACUUCUAUUUGCACCCUGAAAUGUUUAGCGUGUCAAACGGCCUCCUCACGCCGACCCUGAAGAGCAAGCGUGUGGAUCUCCGGCGAGUCUUCAGCGAGCAGAUCGCACAGAUGUACAGUAAAUCACCCAUAUAGACCUCACACGCUCUCCACAACACAUUUAUUUCUCUAAAACAUUUGAACUAACUUCAGACUUGCUAAACAAGCCAGAUGCUACUGACAGGAAACUGUUCUCCAUAAUUUAUGAUAAAUCGUCUUCACAUCUUUGCUUCUCAUGUAGUGAUCUAGAUUGUGUUUUAGGUCCUUUUAGACAGCUUUGAUGGUUUGAACUGAGGUCAUAUAGGCCUGACGCAGACACUCAAUCCUAAUACAUAGUUCAGGAGCAUUCAGUAGCAUUUUCCAAGAUUUGGGAACUGAUGAACUUAUUUUAAUGAAUAGUCUUUCGAUCAGUGUUGUCGAUACUUUACAGUUUUGUAAGUUGCACCUCUAAAGCACAAUCUGUAUGAAUUGUAAUGCUUUGUUUCAUUUGUUGUGUUGCCAUGAAAUGACUGUUCAACAGUCUGUAAAUGAGUGUUUUCAACUGUAAAUGUUUGACUAAUUGCAGCUGAUAGAGAUGUACUGUAUUUUACUGACAUACCUUAUUACAGUUUUUCCUUUUCACACCAAUCACCGCUCUAACUGACAAAAUCAGCUGUUGUUGAAGCACAGAUCUGAUUGGUUCAUGUGGAUGUCACUUUGGUGAAAAGGCAUGCCGAUCUGUUGCUUACAAGAAUACUUUACUGGUUCAUUCCCAAGUAAAUCCCAGUCCUGCCCAGACUGCAAUACGUGUACUAGACGUCAUUUUGGAUGAAGGUGGCAAGAUAAAUGAGUCAGGAAUUUUCAGACAUUGAAUAUCCACAACCAAUUUACUGUAAGAAUGUUUGACAAGUAAACACAACAGCAAACAAUUUGUUUAAAG